UGCGAUGCACUCUUCUGGGGGCACCAGUAGGGGGCAUGGACUGCACUCCCAUGAAAGUAGCAGGCAGAUGGCGGAGGGACCCCGAGUAAGAACCAGAGAAGUGGAGCUCUCUCAGGGUGAGAAAUGGAGAGGAAACGAAAAUUCCUAGGCUCGAAGAUCUGGCAUUUGCUUUUUAAAAAAUGAGUUUUACAGACCAGGACUUGUUAGGACAAGCCCUUGAAGAUGCCUUAGAGGUGUUACAGCAGCAUUCUGAUGGUGACUUCAUGUAUGUGCCAGAAGACUAUAAAAACUGCCUGACGUACUAUCACCAUUCUCUUCGAGCAAAUCCAAGUUACCUGGCAGAAUCUUCCACAGACAACCCAAUAUAUAGCUGGAAGAACACAGUAAAUAUUGAAGAAGACUUCUAUCUGGAUGGAGCUGAGUACCACACCCUGCAGAUUGCUCCAGAAAGCUCAGAGAUGUGUGCUAUACCUCUACAGCAAAAAGGCAGGAAAGGCAGGAAGAAGCUCCGUCUGUUUGAGUAUCUUCACGAGUCUCUCCAUAAUCCAGACAUGGCAAACUGCAUCCAGUGGAUAGAUAAGCCUAAUGGUGUCUUCCAGUUUGUUUCCAAAAACAAGGAGACAUUGGCAGAGCUAUGGGGGGAACGCAAGGGAAAUCGUAAAAUCAUGACUUACCAGAAAAUGGCCAGAGCCCUGAGGAAUUAUGGAAGAACAGGAGAAAUAAUUAAAAUCCGAAGGAAGCUGACCUAUCAGUUUGGUGCUGUGGUUUUGCAAAGGCUUUCUCCAGCCUACUUUCUGGAGAAAGAUGGAGAUUUUGAUCAACAUCCCCAAGAUGAUCAAAAGUGCCAGUAUGCAGACAACUGGCUUUCCUAUUGUUACAUGCGUAACAAGGAUCAUGAACUACAGCAGGCUUACUGAAAUACAAAUUCAUUCUGUUAUGGGUCUUAGAGAAACUUUGAAGCCUAGCAACAUUUCUCCAAUAUAGAUCCCCCCCCCAAAAAAUCUUGAGAUGUCACAUUGUGCAUAUGUACACAGACUUACAUGGGUUUUUCUUUCUAGCAAGCUUUCAUAUUCACAUAAUCCCUUCUUCAAGCUAAACUGGAAUAGUCAUAGAAGAUGUUUAAGGCCGUACUCCACACAUACCUGAUGAUGAGUCCCACUGAACUCAGCAGAGCUUAAGUCUAAGAAGACAUAUACAGCUGUAAAGUUCCUAAAAGGGGGGGGAGUCAAGAAGACAGAGAACAGAUUAUUGCAACAUAUUGAUUUUAACAAUAUUGAUUUAGAAGCAAGUCCUGUUGAUUUCAAUAGAUAUUUCUUCUAACUCACUGCACCAUCUUAAGCAUGUUUACUUAGAAGUAAAGCCCACUGAACUGAAUUCCCUGUAAGUGUGUUCACGAUUUCAACCUUAAUAGUAAGGUUUAACGGCACAUUAUAUGCACAAACACAAAGCUAAGAUCUCUGAACAUCCUCAUGCAUCCAACACGUUAAGAAUUACUGUGGCUUGUGUGUCUUCAAUGGCUUUUGCAAUUAAUUUACAUCUUACUGUAUGUAUCAUAUUAAAUAUCACUUUAUUUAACAGGCAUGUUUGAGAUUCUUCAGAUUUUUUUAUCAGCCCUCACAUUACAUGGGAUAUUUUUUUUGUUAUUAAUAUUCAACAACAGCCAGCAGGUACAGAAAUCCACAUGAACAAACUACGGCAGCUCAAAAAUCCUUAGAAAUGUUGCUUUCGUAAAAAUAAUAAUGAUUUGCCCCCAUGGCCCAUAUGAUGGCCGGAUAUGUCCCAUUCCAGCAACAUCCAUUUUCAGGGCUACUUGUUACAUUCUCCUAAGAAUAGAAACAACUGUCAGUGUUGGUUCUCUCAGUUUCUCAUGUUUCCAAUCUUAAAUUCAGUUUGGCAGAAUAUUGCAAAAUAAUAAUAAUCCUCAUGAAAAUCUUCAGCAGUUUACUCUGAAUUUCUCCUAAUAAGUACAUUUUUGUAUGCAGUUUUGACUAAUAUACACAUUUCUGCAAGCAAGUUCUCCUAAUACAAUGCAUUCUUGUAUGUUAUUUUCACUAAUACAUUCAUUUUCAUGCACACUUUAUUAUAUCCAUUUUCGUAAUCAUUGCUUUGGUUGCAGAAUUCAGGUAAGUGCAAAUUUCAGAGGAUGGUUGUUUUUCAGUUCUCAUAUUGUCUCAGAAAAUGCAAAUUUGAUAGAUUCAGCUUUUAAUAUAACCUGAAUUGAAUUCCUCCUCUAUCCCUACAUCCUCAGCUGAUUCCAACUUCUAUGGCCACCACCUAUAUCAACCAACACCUUUUCUCAAUAUCAGCAUUAGGUGUUCCGAUCAUCCUGGAUGCAACUUCUGCUUACCAAAAGUGGCCCACUAGGCAGAAUGUCUUACCAUUUAUUGUAUUGCUUUUCAAUGAUUGUUGUUGUUGCUGUACA